GACGUGGUCUAUUAAAAGUAUCGUCUUGCUGGUGGCUGUACUUCUACUAUUUAUGAAGCCCCGGGCUAGUCAUUUCAUAGAGCACAGUAGCCGGGGAAAGAACUGAAUAUCAUUCACGCGAGAAGAGCCGGUGCGUAAAAUAAGAGGAACUAUGGGCUUCUCACAAACGCUACUCAUUUACGUGCUGGUGUCCGUUCACCUUGGAGUUUCCCAGCAUUACCUUCGCCUCCGUCCGUCGCCCAGUGAGCACCUCCCAGUACCCGACCUGAAGGAGGACCCCGACCCGGAGUACGACCCCCGGGAGCAGGACUUGGCCGAGAGGACUCUGCGGAAAAAGCUCGGCAGUAAUUUCGACCCCAACUUCAUGUCCAUCAGCUCGCCCAUGCAGGUGAACCUCUCCGUGCAAGACACCCAGGUGAAGCUGCAGGGGCCCAUGCCCAACGAGAUUAAAAAGCUGGACCUCACAGAGACCCCCUAUGGGAAGCGGGUAAAAGUGGGCAAGAAAGCCCGCAGGAAAUUUCUGCAGUGGCUGUGGACCUAUACGCACUGCCCAGUGGUGUAUACCUGGAAGGAUUUGGGCGUGAGGUUCUGGCCACGGUACAUCAAGGAGGGCAACUGUUUCAAUGAGCGCUCUUGUUCCUUCCCAGAGGGGAUGUUUUGCAAACCCGUCAAGUCAAUCACCAAGACUUUCCUACGGUGGUAUUGUCAAGGGUUUCUAAGACAGAAAUAUUGUACGUGGAUACCGGUGCAAUACCCAAUCAUCUCAGAGUGCAAGUGUUCGUGCUGAUUUUCUCUAUGGAAGUAGUGGGGGUCGAGGGGGGCGGGGGCGGACUGGAAAUACGGUUUCUAUUGCACUGUUAACUCUCUACAGAGGUGGGCACCAUAGCGAAUCUAUUUUUUUAUAUAGCAUUUUAAGUGAAAUACCAACAUUGUACAUAUUUAAGAAAAAUGCAGCUAUUUUUUCUAAUUGAACCAGGACCAUAUUUUAUUCUCAACCCUGAAACAUUGUUUUUAGGGGGAACAUAAGCACUUCAUAAGGAAGAGCUUUUUCUUUUUUUUUUUUCUUUUUUUAAGAGACGUUGAAGAUGGAAUGCAUACACUUCUCCAAGAGGUGAACUUUUUUUUUUCAACUGAACAUUGAUGCUGACUGUUACUUCACUGCAAUGCUGCCUAGAGUUUUUGUAUGAUAUUAAUAUCAAUAAUAAUUAAAUUGAAAAAAGUUGAGGAUAAAGAUAUAUAUA